CGCAGGCACCGAAGACGCCGCCGAACCGGACAUGAUCGUCUUGCGUCUGCAUGGUACCUUUUGGUUCCGGAGAUAUGUGCGUGAGGCUCAACGAUAAACUUUCCCCAGGUCUAUGUCCCCAGCGGGCUGCGUGUCCUGCUCACCGUCACGCCAAUCCGGACGCGGUUCACCAUGGCCAGCCUCGAGUUCAUCCUGGGGACGACGAUCGGGUGCGGCCUCGUAGGUGCCAUUUUGUCAGAAUUUCUGUACGGGCUGUCCGUGUCUCAGGCCGUGUAUUACUUUUGGGUGUAUCGCGAAGACCCAAGACGACUGAAGUACCUGGUUGCGUGGUGGCUACUAUUAGCUACAGUCAAGGAGGCAAUUUCCCUGCAGGUCCUCUUUGAAGACUUGAUCUCGAAUCAUGCAAACCUCGAGAGUAUAGCGCAUCUGUCAGUGGCGUAUGGAGCGCAAAAUAUACUCGGAUGGAUACUUGUAUUCUCAGUACACUGUUUCUACAUCAACACUAUGAAGCAUAUCCUACGGCAUCACAGGCAACGCAGACUGAUCAUGGGUGUUGCGGUCGUGCUAGCCAUCCUCACGCUUCUAACGGGUUCUGCCAUUAUCGACUACGCUAUCUACUACAAAGGCAAAUUCAACAAAAAGUCCCUAGUGGCCCUGGCUCCGCCAUGCAUCAUCAUUCUGACAGACGUCUACAUCACGUUCGUCCUGUGCUGGACACUAAGUGCGGCGCGGUCUGGCCUUCAUAGUCCGACGGAGAGCCUGGUAAACCGACUCAUCAAAUACAACGCCGACCGCGGCAUCAUUCUCUGUAUGGUACAACUCGUGGCUCUCACCACCUACAUCUAUGACAUCUACUCCGGGUCGACAAACAUCACCGCCGUCGUCUACUUCGCCGAGAUCAAUAUAUACUGCAAUACCGGACUAGCAGUACUGAACAUGCGCAAACAAGUCCGAGCAGCGCUCUCCGAUACGUACUCCGUCGAGAUCAUGCCCAUGACCCAACCGGAGCAUGGCCUCGAGGGAAGUAACAACACUUCGAGCGGGUCCGACGAGACCCAGCUUGCCACCCCACGAACACCGCGGAUUCCCUCUCUCCUACCUAUUACCGAUCCUCAUGCCAAAGUAUGAGACAUCGUACGCGACGAUGUCGCGCACGUCUCGAGCAAACACUUCCUCUCCAUGCGCAUGUACGUCCUGAGGGGUGACCGGUGUACAACGCUGGCGUGCUCGUCUGUACCUACAGCGAGACUCGCUUCGCCUUGCAAGAUCGCGGAUAGGUCGA